UCCCCGCAGCGAGAACAGCGAUUGCAUUACUCACUUAUCGUUAGCCAAAUCGUGUCGUCUCGCGAAGAUCGUUGCGGGAUCGACUGUCGGAGGAAAAUCUUCGCGCGGCUACGUUUCACGACAAUAUUGCGUUACCAGCGAUGUCCGGAAUCUGGAAUCGAGGUCUUUUCUAUUUAUCGGAUUUCCGUGCUCGUCGUGUAAGGCAAAUCAGACUCGAUAUUAAAAUGCCGACCGAGUGCAUCGCCAACCCGUUGCAACGGGAGCUGGCCGACUCGAUAAUACGGCUGCAGCCUCUCGAUGAGAUCCGCAUCCUCCUCGCGUGCGGUGCCAAACCGAACGAGCCGGUGACCCAGGGCCUCAGGCCUCUACACUAUGCCGUAUGGCAGCGGUACACCGAGGCCGCUCAGCUGUUGCUGGUGCGCGGAGCCGACAUCAACGCAACCGAUGAGUGCGGCUACUCGGCCCUACAUCUCGCCGCCGAGCACGGCUACCUGGAUCUGGUGAAGUUGCUGCUUAAGUAUGGAGCCAAGGUGGACCACCGGCAGGAUACGGGGGAACUUUUUCCCAGAACCAUGUUGUGUGACGAGCCACUGCGUCUGGCUCUACGGAAUCGCCACGUUGAGGUUGCGAAGAUUCUGCUUGAAGCCGGUGCUAAUCCAAAUAAGAGAUAUUUUUUCGGCUCCGAGAUCAACCUGGUGUCGCCCUUGGAUCUGGAGUGUAUGGAGCUGCUGUUAGCCUUCGGUGCUCAUCCGAACACGCGGGAUCGUGCCGGGCUCACGCCUCUCAUGAAGGCUGCCAGACUGCCGCAGGGCAUUUCCUCGGUGCUCCUGCUGCUGAGUUACGGCGCGGACGUGAACGCGACAGCGGAUGCCAGGCACGAUUAUCGAACGGUGCUGCAUUACGCGAUUCUCGGUGGCGACCCAGCGGUGAUCAAUCUGUUGCUGAAGCAAGGCGCCCGGCUGGACCUCGGGCCGGACUAUCAGAAACCGACGGCCCUGGAUCUGGCCAUACUCAAGGGCGACCCGUCGAUCGUCGAGAUGCUGCUCGAAGCGGGCGCAGACGUGAACGCCACGUCGCCGAUCAUUGGUUCGCCACUACACGUUGCAUGCGCGGACAACAUCCCGAAUCGACUGGAGAUCCUGUGUAUGUUGCUGGAACGCGGCGCCGAUCCGAACCUGGUGAUACGCAGCGACGACGGACCAGCGUUACGGCCAGUGCUCGCCGAGUACGUCGCCUCUAACGAGAACCCGUCGGUGGAGAUAGUGGCAUUGCUGCUGAAGUACGGCGCUCGAGUAGUCAUCAAGACACAGUUCCGCGACCCACACGGCAUCCUCAACUCCUUGCAGAAUACGGCCGAUAAGCCGCGAUUACUACACGCAUUGUUGGAAGCGGCGGAGAGCUUUGAUCCCUGCAUGAUACGACGGUCUAGUAGUUUGACAGACGCACAGAAGGCCCUGGUGAUGGAGGCGGCUAGAACUCCACUACCGUUGACCCAUCAAGCGAGAUUAAUAGUCCGCAAACUCUGCGGUACCAAGCUACCGAAGAUUGUCAGGAAGCUGCAACUACCGCAGUCGUUGCAUCGUUACCUUCUCUAUGAUUACUACUAGCUAAGAGUUAAUGUUCGAGACAGUUUGUCGGAAGAGAUGAUGAUGUUUGUCGGAGUACUUCUUUGGAUUUCCGAGCUUCAAAUCUCGUCAAAAUUAUAAACUUGAGACAAAAAGGCGAGUAUUGUCUCGCUAGAAGCUGUAUCGGAAUCGAUAGCAUCAUCGAAGUCUAUUUUUUGAAGAUUGUUGGAGACGCGGAAGAUAAAGUAUUUGUACAAAGUACACUAUUAUGAGUCUUACGUCAGUUCGAUGAGUACAAUAACGAGGUUGUCGAGGCAGUGACCUCUCGUUUCUACUUGCAAUUAGUAUUCUUCUUUUGUACGAUGCGUAUAAAGUGAUAUAAGCUUAGACAGCCAUACAUAUAUAUUUUGUCUGUACUCGUUACGUUUCUAGUCGCUAAAUGUACGUUUUGUAUGUAUGUCUUUCUCUCUACUUCCUAUUUCGAGAAGACCGUUCGUGAUAGAAAUGAUGCAAAACUCAUUAUUCCCGUUGAUCAAACGCGCAAACUUUCUACACUGAAAAAAACAGUUUAGUAA